CCCUCUCGCAGUGGACAGCAGGCUAACGCGAAGUCACCCAGCCAAACCAACGCCGGAGACACCAACAGUGGGGCCGCUUCUCUGAGUGAGGAGGAGGGCGACCCACCGCUUUAAACGGCGGAGAGGAGAAGGCGGGGCUGAAACCAGCCCGCUCGGGGUGAGAUCAUAAGAACCCUCCUGACCAGGAUUAGUGUCAAGGGAGCAUGUUUCUUUAUGAACUGAGAAGCAGAGGCUUCUGUAGGGCGGUGAGAAGACCAGGAUGCUUUUGCAUGAAGAUGUCACUCCAGCAGUGCUGUCCCCACCCCAGCAAUGAUUUCCUGGCUCAGCUCUCACUCUGCAGGCAGCGGGGAAUUCUGAGCAGAGGACCGUCUUGAUUGACCCAGGCUUUAACUGGAUCUCCACGGAGAUGAGGCUGGAAGAGAGUGGGGCGCUGUGGGAGCUGCCGGUUAUCUCCCUCUGACUUCAUUUUCUGCCGCCUUCCGUGGUCCCUGGUCCCUGGUCCCAGCCCACCGCUCUCCUGGCUGCUUCUUGAACCACCCGAAAGCUCCCAGUCGGGCCUUUAGAGCGAGCAGCCCGCUGCCUGGAACCCUCUUCCCCCGGCACCUACGGGCCUCCUCUCGCACCUUCUUCGGACGCCGGCUUCUCCUGGAGCCCGUCCAGGUCUAAAACCUACCUCCACCCACGCCAGGCCCUCCCUGCCCCCUCCCUGUCUUUAUGGCUCCUUCGUACUUAUUGCCAAAUGACACGUUAGGUGCAGUCAGUUGGCAAUGACAAUGGGGUUAAUGUCCCAAUAAACCCAUCGUAAGUUGAAAAUAUCAUGGGUCAAAAAUGCAUUUGAUACACGCAGCCUCCCGGACAUCCCAGCUCAGCCCCGCCCACCUCACACGUUCUCAGAACACUCACAUUAGCCUGCACGUGGGCAGAACCCUCUAAUGCAAGGCCUAGUUUAUAAUAAAGGGUUGACUAUUUCACGGAGUUUAUGGAAUACUGCACUGAAAGGGAAGAACUGAAUGGAGUGCGGGUCUGGAUGGUUGUCAGUGUAUCAGUUGCUCACCCCCGUGACUGGGGGCUGCAGCUGCCCUGCCCAGGAUCAGAGAGAGGGUCGUACUGCAUGCCGGACCCCCAGGGAAAGUCCACAUUCUGAAUUCUGAGCACGGUUUCCACUGAACGCAUAUGGCUUUCGCACCAUCGUAAAGUCGAACCAUCACGAGUAGGGGGACGAUCUGUGUUGAUUGUGGCAGUUUCCUCAUACAUGGGGAGGGUCCACUCUGAAGGGCUAGGCGCCUUCACCGCUGGGUCCCCGACGCCUGCACCUCCGCGGGUAUCACGUGGAUGUUGAAGUGAGCGCGGUCCCGGCCCUGCCGUCUCCCGCCCCCGCCUCAGUGGAGCUCAGGAAGCAGGAUGUGGGAGCACACUGUCACCUCAGUGGUGCCUUCACGCUGGGCCCUUCCUGGAUUUUAGACUCCCGUCAAAUGCCUACGAUGGAAGGAGGUUCGAAGCUAGCUUUUCAGACUGAGCACACAUCUCCAGCCACCAUUCUGUUUAUGGUCCAGGCCCUGCCCUGCUCAGCAGGUGGAUCUGUUGCUGGAUCACCAAGAACCUCGUGACUCCCGGGGAGACCCCGGCCCCUCAGCCACUCGAUUGAUGGUCUGCAUUAUGUCUGGAGCCAGCCGUCAGCUCGCUCUUCUCCUCUGCGGCUGUUGCGUGGCUGCCCUGGGGGCCCAGGCCGAGGAGCGCUGCCCGGCUGAGCGUCACCAGGCUGCCCAAUACGUGGCUGCCGUGUACGAGCACCGGUCCAUCCUGAGCCCGAACCCGCUGGCCCUCACCAGCCGCAAGCAGGCCUUGGAGCUCAUGAACCAGAACCUCGACAUCUAUGAACAGCAAGUGACGAUCGCAGCCCAAAAGGGUGUACAGAUUAUAGUGUUUCCAGAAGAUGGCAUCCAUGGAUUCAACUUUACAAGAACAUCCAUUUACCCGUUUUUGGACUUCCUGCCUUCUCCCUACUUGGUCAGGUGGAACCCAUGCCUGGAGCCCCACCGAUUCCAUGACACGGAAGUCCUCCAGCGCCUGAGUUGUAUGGCUGUCAAGGGAGAGAUGUUCCUGGUGGCCAAUCUUGGGACAAAGCAGCCUUGUCAUAGCAGUGACCCAGGGUGCCCAAAUGAUGGCAGAUACCAGUAUAACACGAACGUGGUGUUCAGCAGUAAUGGAACCCUGGUUGACAGCUACCGCAAACAAAACCUCUACUUUGAAGCAGCGUUCAAUACCCCCCUGGAAGUGGAUCGCAUCACCUUUGAUACCCCCUUUGCUGGCAAGUUUGGCAUCUUCACUUGCUUUGACAUAUUGUUCUUCGACCCUGCUGUCAGGCUCCUCAGAGACUCGGAGGUGAAGCAUGUCGUGUAUCCGACCGCCUGGAUGAACCAGCUCCCACUCUUGGCAGCCAUUCAGAUUCAGAGAGGUUUCGCCAUCGCCUUUGGCGUCAACUUUCUGGCUGCGAACAUCCACCAUCCAUCUCUGGGGAUGACGGGAAGUGGCAUACACACCCCUCUGAAGUCCUUUUGGCACCAUGACAUGGAAAGCCCCGAAGGUCACCUUAUAAUUGCCCAGGUAGCCAAAAAUCCACAGGGUCUCAUUGGCACAGGGAAUGCCACAGGGAAAAUGGACCCAUCCCACAGUAAGUUUUUAAAAAUCUUGGCAGGGGAUCCAUACUCUGAGAAGGAUGCUCAGGACGUCCACUGUGAUGGAGCCCCCAAAUGGAAUACGAAUGCCCCUCCCACGUUUAACUCUGAGAUGAUGUAUGACAAUUUCACCCUGGUUCCCGUGUGGGGCAAGGAAGGCUACCUCCAAGUCUGUGCAAAUAGCCUUUGCUGUCAUUUGCUUUACCAGAGGCCCACUCUGUCCAAGGAGCUGUAUGCCCUGGGGGUCUUUGACGGCCUUCACACUGUGCACGGCACUUACUACGUUCAAGUCUGUGCCCUGGUCAAGUGUGGCGGUCUUGGCUUUGAGACCUGUGGGCAGGAGGUCACAGAGGCUGCGGGGAUAUUUGAGUUUCACCUGUGGGGGAACUUCAGUACCUCCUAUAUCUUUCCAAUGCUUCUGACCUCAGGGAUGACCCUGGAAACCCCUGACCAGCUGGGCUGGGAGAAUGAUCACUAUUUCCUGAGGAAGAGCGAACUGUCCUCCGGCCUGGUGACGGCAGCUCUGUACGGGCGGUUGCAUGAGAAGGACUAGGGGGUGUGGGGUGGGCUCCCCCUGCACUGGCACAGGCCAAAGCUCACAGCACCGGGACCACUUCUUCGCUCCAGAGCCCAUCCUGGGAGCCAUGGGAAGAGGUAGGGAGACAGAUUUCGCCAGUGUCUUUUCCUCUUAAGCACAAAUUCGUGAGACAUUUUCUGGUAUUUUCUACUCACAUUUCUAUUAUUCAAGCCACGUCUUCUUCCAGCAGAUCUUCCAUUACACAAUUGUUUUAAGAGCGCAAACAAAAAUAAACGUCAGUUUAUAUUUUACACGUCCACAAAACAGCAGGUUUCGUGUGUGUUCUUGCUGUUGAUCAAGUGACACCCAGGAUAUACAGGUAUUUCAGAAGCCUCAAACAUUUUCUGGGGUAAGAAACAAACUCUCAGAGCAAAAGCCGUGUUAGAAAUGGCUGCCAUGGGGACAUUUCCAUUCUGGUUGGCCAGAAUUCAUCCCCCAGGACUGAUCGUGCCAGAGCCGCCAGCAGCAUCAGCAAUGUGGAGCCUGAGGCAGCUUUUAAAAAUAGAAGGGAAGCUUUUCUCACAUCUGCCUUUCUGUCAGUGAUUGGAAUGUGUCAGGCAGGACUCAGAAUAACUGGAAAGAAAGAGUGCAGUGCGCCGGAGAGAGAGGGAGGCUGGAAAAAAGUGAAGAGAGGGCAGCGAUGGGAACAGAUGAGUCAUAGGGUUCUUGUGCACAGCGUGUCUCAUCCAGGGAUUCCAGGCACCUUAAUAAAUCACACUAGCCCUGGGCAAGAGCCUUCUGGCUGCCCAACUGUGCAGGGUGGAACAAUGCUGGGAAUUCAUUCCCAGUCCGCUGGCAGGGCCUUCUCUUUGCAGACGGGUUGCAGGAACGGUGUGGGGUUUGGCCCGCUUAGUCUUUAUUCAGUCACUCAACAGGUGUCUUUGGAAAGCCCACCAGGGACAGAGCGAGGACCUCCCAAAAUAUGAACUGCACGUGCAAAAUCACAUUCAGCGUGUGAAGACAUUCUUUAGGCCACUGGUCUGUAUUAUUCGUAUCCAACAUUUCAAAGUCACUUUGACUCUAUGCCUAGUAACUGUUUCAGAUCAUUUUUAAGGUGGAAAAUCUGCAGCUUUUAAAGAAAAUGGAUAGUUAGCUUUCCAUGAUUUGCCUCUUCAAUGUGUGGCUAUAUUUAGUUUCAUCUCCUUUAUAAAUUAGGUUUUUAAAAACAGUAUGUGCAUAUAUCUAUACAUAAUUACAUGAAGUAAAAACUGAAAUUCUUUCCCCAUUCCCCCCACAGUGUGGCUUUCCAGACCCCUUCCUGGCUUUUAGGCAGGAUACUAAAGAGCAUAGAUCCUAGGGUCAGACUGACCAGCUUUACUUUCUUGGCCUCCCUGUUUGCUCUUCACUACGUAGACCUUGACUAUUUAUUUGAACCUUGGCUGUGCCCCAGUUUUCUCAUUUGUGGGAUGUGUAUUGAAUCAUCCAUGUGGGAAAGAAGCAAAGACCCGCUGACUCACUGCCCGCUUGCAAAGGCCUAGAAUGAGUCAAGCCGGCCUUCAGGGAAUUUGCAGGAACAGCUCAGGAUUCCUGAGGAAACCCAGGAGGUCCCCCCGGAACGGGACGGCGACCUCUCCCACCAGAUGCUGGCGCAGACCCGGGAGGGGCGAGCUGGAGGGGGCACACGGCUCCGGAUGUGGUCGCCCCUGCUCCAGGGAAACAGAAAUCAUCUCAGAAAUGCAUAUUGUUGCUUCCUGCCAAGAUGAUUCAAAUCAUCCAGAGAGAGACAGAGGCCAGGCCAAAACACAGACUUGGUGGAGCUACUUCACCCAGCAGACAUUUUUGAAGCACCUGCUGGAUGCACAUUUUGCUCCUCUGAGCAGAGUACUGAGAACUUUCCCCGAGUUACUAUCUACUGACAAUUUAGAACUAACUUACUGCUCAUGAAGUAGAAAUGAGGGGGACAAGAAAUUAUGAUUUUUAUGAUGAAAAGUAGUUGCCAGAUGGCAGAACAAAGUGGAGGGUAGGGGGGAAAUGAAUAAAAUAAAUCAUUUUCAGGAAAAAAAAAAGGCAC